UCUCAGGUUAGGUUGCACGGCACAGAAAGUCACCUCGUCGUGUCGGUCAGGGAGAAGCUACUGACGGCUAGCAACUACCUGGAGCUCAGAGCUGCAGGAGAAGGUCAACAGCAGGACGGCAGCAUCCUCUCCCGUUCUUCAGCCAACCGGACAUUUAUGUAUCUGACAACAUUUCACAUCGAAAAAAGGAUUUUAAAACUCUAUUACCUCUUUUUAAGAAAGACACCUAGCUAGCUAACCUUUUAGCGAGCUAGCUUCAAGUUCCGACUUCCAACUGUCCUCAUUUCCAAUUCAUCAUCUACAAUCAUGGCUGCACUGAGAGCCUCCUAUCACAGGAUUUUGGACAGGAUCGAGCAUAUGCUGCCCGCCAAACUCAGACCUCUGUACAACCACCCGGCAGGUCCAAAAACAGUUUUCUUCUGGGCCCCGAUGUUCAAAUGGGGUCUGGUUGUAGCUGGAUUAGCUGAUAUGACCCGACCAGCAGAUAAACUCAGUACCUCCCAGUCUGCAGUACUGACAGCAACAGGCCUGAUCUGGUCCAGAUAUUCUUUGGUCAUAAUCCCGAAGAACUGGAACCUGUUUGCUGUCAACUUCUUUGUGGGCAGCGCAGGAGCCUCCCAGCUCUACAGGAUUUGGAGCUUCAAGCAGGAACAGAAGGCUCUGGAGAAAGAAGCUGCAGAGUCCUGAGUGCUUUGCUGUUGCCAACACUCGUCUGCAGCGGACUCAAAGGGAGACUCCACACCGGGCAGCGACCUGCCCCUUCUCAUCAUCUCCACAUCCCAUAUCGUCUCCAUAACAACCAUGCCAUAACCAUUAUUCAACCACUUUUAGCCUGUUUUCCCUGUUGGAAAUAUGCACUUUUCCUUAAGUUUAAAAUUUCCUCAGGGUGUUAAAAAAAUGGACGUUUUUUUAACUGUAGUCAACACACACUCAAGAAGAGUCAUCAACGCACAAGUAUAUUCUUUCAACAAGUUGUAUGAUUGUACAUUCUCGCCACUCGUUGGGAAGUUUUGCUUUUUUUUUUUUCCAUCAUUGUUGUUCAGGUGUAGCAGGCAUUACCUCAUGCAAUAAUUUCCCAAAUAUGUAACUCUUGGAUAUGUGUUGAACGUGGUUUAAGGAAUGUUUCCAAAUCAAAUUUAGAAGGAUUUCAUCACAUUAAUAUUUGCAUUACUUUAUUUAUAAUUUGGUUACAGUCACAGCAUCUGUACCAGAGUGAUUAUUAAAUCAUUAUUGACGACCGUAUAAUGAUUCCUUCCAUUUUAAUGGCUUUAAUUCUUUUAAUUUAUGUGAUAACAAAUUGUAAUUUAUAAAUUGCUUCACUGAUUAAAAUCUUCUUUUCUAGUUAAAACUGUAUAGAAAGAUGCUGUUAUUCUCUGAUUCUUUAUCAGAAACACUUUAACCAAUGGCACGUUUAACCUGUGCAGCUUUUUAUUAAUUGUUACUCAAGAGUCAAUUAGCAAACACUGGUACUGAACCGCUUUCGGCUCUUUAUAAUCAAAACCUUGCUGUCAAAUGCCUCUUUGCUCUUAGAAAGGUGUUUUAUACUUUUUCUUGUAAUGGUUCUUUCACUGUAGUUUCUCAUUUUAAUCACACAAAUAUUUUAGCAAUAAUUGGUGUCAUCACUUUUAAAUAUCAUUUGAUCUGCUGACUGUUUGAACAAAGGGCACUUUGAAGGUUGAUCGAUAAGGCUCUGUGGAAAUGUAAUGGCUAUGUAAUGUGAAUAAAUCCUGUUCAACACCA